CGAAUCCCAAUCAGAGUAGAGUACCACCCACCAAAGGAUUGUCGACCAUGCGCUGGAAAACCAAUUGGCCCCAACUCCUCGGGCUGGGCUUGCUGGGCGCAACCGCCGUGCAGGCUGUGAGCCUCAGCACCGCUGCACAGAGCCUCUUCGAUGAGUCGAUGGUCAUCCAAGACGCCAUAUACGAUCCGGCCGCCGCGUAUCUCCGAUACUUCUACUUCCCGCUCGCGGCUGGGCCGCAUGAGACCCGGUCCAGCGUAUGGUACGCGGCCGGAUUGCUGCAUCGGGAUCGUGGAGAGGACCGCAAUGAGGCGGUGAGAAUUUUGCAGAAUGUCAUCGGAGGUCAAGAGAAGAAUGUGUCGGUGCAGUGGUACGGCGAUUACACCAAGUACCCGGAGCAACCGACGGUGGGGACACCGGCUUAUCCUCCUGUUAUUUAUAACUCGUGGGACCCCAACUGGCGUGGGUUCAUCGGAACGGCAUUGAUUGUCAUUUACGAGGAAUUCGGCGACCGACUGCCCGGCACUUUGCAGGAGCUGAUCCUCGACAGCCUGUACAACAACACCAUCGGGGAUACCUACCGCGUCGGUGGCGUGGAUGGCGACAAUCUGUACCCCGCGUACUCGAACGCCUGGCUGAUGCGCACGGUGGUGGGGUCCUGGACGGGACGCAAGUUCGGCAAUGCCAAUAUGACGGCCGCAGGCGACAGCGACGCCCGUGCGUUUUUGGACUUGUUCGACCGCAACGGCACGCUCUCUGAGUUUAAUGGGCCGACCUAUGCCGGCGUCUCGCUGUAUGCCCUCACCAUCGCGGCCAAGUACCUCGGCGCGACGAACGCCGCCAUCGGCCAGCAGGCGCCCCGCGUGAUCGAGACCAUCUGGGGCUACGAGUCGCAGCUGUGGAACGCCAACCUGCGCAAUUUCGCUGGGCCGUGGGAUCGAUCGUACGGUUACGACAUGAACAAGUACGUGGCCAUCAUGUCGCUGUGGGUGUGGUCGCUGGUCGACAAGGAGCACGUCUUUCCCAAUGCGACCUCGCCGAUCUGGACGAUGGCCCACGCCGACGACUUCGAGAUCGCGCCGCUCGUCGCCAUUCUGUCGGAGUUCCAUCAGACUCUCGUUCCGGCCGCUGCCCGCGCGCGUCUACAGGAGUUCGCGGAAGACGAGCAGCGUACCUACACCGGGCACGCCUUUGCGCCGCCGGCGGAUCUCGAACCGCGCAACAUCACCACCUGGCUGUCACGCAACCUGACCAUCGGAACCGCCUCCUUCGAUCAGUCUGUUGUAGGUGGAUUCUCGGAGGAUUCAACCUCGUUCAGCCCCGCAGUCGUGCAGUGGCUCCGCCCUGACGCCUCGAUCGGGUACUUCAACCUCUAUCCUGAAGAGACUGCCCUGGUGGCCGACGUCGCCCCCUACGCGUUGAAUCUGACCUACCCGCUGGGCAACGCGUCGAGCACCUUUACGUUCGUGCUGGCUUCGAACCCUCUCGGCGCGAAGCGUGAUAUCGCUGGGUUCGAGGAUGUAGACGGGCUCAGGAUCAAGGUGGUAGGCGGUACUAUUGAUCCCGUUCCCGAGAUCUCGUUUUGCGGGCUCUUGGGCGGCACGUGUGAAGUUAUUCACGAUUUUGAGUUCUGGAAUGUGACAUUCUCCUUGCCGGCGAAUUCUACAGCUGUUCCGAGCGUACAGUUGGAAUUU